GUUGGGGGUUGUGGCCACAGGAAAAUUUUCCGUGCAAGAAGAAUUGCGGAAGAAUUAAUUAAUGUAAAUGACGUAACCAAGAAGGCAGUGAAAGAAAUCCUUGUUGACAGCUGAUUUUCGUAAACUAAUCGACAUAUUGGCAGUAAUACAUUUCUUAGAAAUAUUUGAGUUUUAAAUGGCUUAUAGACUUUUCUCUGCCAACAUUUUGAAGCAUAUUGAUCCAUAUUCCCUCUCAAUGGAAAGAUGAAUGCAGCUGGUAAUCAUGAAUUCUGUCAUGCAAUGAGCUCUUUGAAGAAAUGUGCCACAUUGGAUGAUGAUAUCUGUGAAACUAGAGAUGAUGCUGUAGAAGAUUCAAGCUUAAAAACUUUGAAAAAAGCACGGUUUGUGUGGCAAAUUAAAGGCAAUUACCAUCUCAAAAACUCCAAUUGUGAUUCAGAAUCAAGAGAAAGUUCAGUGUGUUCUCAGUCAGUUGACAGCACUUCAGCAGUAACAGAAAGUAUGAGUCGUAAUUCCAACACAUCUGCAUUUGAAACAAUCACAGACAUGGAACAUUCUCCACCACCAUGUGAACAUCAUCCUCCUGCUACUCAAUCUGGGUCUGAGUUAACCAUUGAAGACCAGCGUCCAUCUUUGCCACCCUUGCGAAUUGGACCUUUCUGUGAUCGUCAUCCACCAACUGCUCAACCUGGGACUGCUUCAACGAAUGAAGGCCAACAUCCUCCAUUACCACCCUUGAGGAUAGGUGCGACUACUGUGAGUUGUGUUGUCUGUGAUACAUUCAACGAAAACAUUAGGAGGGCCUCAUUAAGUCAUGAUGGAGAAAGACCAAGUACACCUAGGCUACCCACUUCGCAUCCAGAUUGGAAUGUUCGAAAGUGGCAAACAAGACAAAUUGCUAAAGCUUUCAUGGACAAUACUAUAAAUUGUGUUCUUGAGGAAAUGGGAUUUAAUCCUAGCCUUGAGUCUGCUCCUGAUUCUGAUUUAGAUGAUGUUUUGAGCUCUAUUAAUUUCCCUCGCGCAGAUGAUGAUAGUGGGGAGGAAGAGGAGGAAGAUGAAAGUGUUGAAAAUGAGGGGAUUCUUUCAGCCAUUCAAAGUCAUGGUCUUCAAAGGCACACUCUCCAGUCAAUAUCUGAUGUAUCUAGCCAGUAUAGAUAUACAAUUAGCUCUCCCACAGAGUGUUCAUCAUCUUCACCCAGCACCUGGGGACCAAAUCAACAAUCACGCCAUCCAAUGUAUGAUGCUGACGGAACUGAUCGUACCAGCGAUAGUACCAGUGAUGAUGAUGAUGAAGAAGAAGCUGGUUGCACUCAAGAUACCUGUGUUUCAUCUUCCUGUAAAUGUAUGCAUUCACCUAUUCCUAAAGUGAAUGGUGUUUCUCAAUCUAGCAUGUGUUCCACAUCAAUCUCAAAUGUUGCUCUUGAAAUCUCUGAUUCUUUAGUUGCACGGCAAUCCAGUAACUCAAGUAGAUCAGAUGAAAAAAAUAAAAUUCCCUCCCUUAUUUCCCAGCGGGAACAUUUGAGAAUAAUUGGUACUGAGGAUGAGAUUUGUAAGAAAAGGCAAGGCAAAGAGAGUGUUAAUUCCAGCUUUUCAAAGCGCAGGUGUGUUGACUCAACUGAUGAAGAUUCAAAAAGUAGUUUUACAUCUUCAUCUCAAUCAACCUCAUCACCAGACCUUGAAGCAGGUGUUAUUUCUAUUGCAUCACAGUCCAGUGGGAGAAAUUCACCAACAUUUGGUCACUUUGAAUUCAUGGAUGCUGCUGUUGCUGUUGCUAUCCAGAAAAAGGGCCUGAGUGCUUUAGCCUGUCAAGAACUUUAGGUAGUUCGUUUUGUUUUGUUUUGUUUUUCUCUGAAGACUUUUGUUACAAUAUUAAUCUGAGAUGAAUGGGUGAUUUAUCAGCAAAAUAUUUUUAACUGGCCAUAUCAAUACAUGUGUCCCUUGAAAAGUAAGGCAUAGCCUUUGCAUAGCAACAUGUUCAAUUUUCUAUGCAACUUUAUGUUACCUAUUUUAAUAUCAAUCAAUACCUCCAUGUUUGUUUCUAUACCCACCAUUAAUCAUUAUUUUAUUCCUCUUUUGUAAGCAAAUCUAAAAAUUGAAUUUUUCACUCUGUUUAUGAUGUACCUUUGCGUGGGUUUCUAUGUAUUGAGUUGUGAUUCGUUUUUAUUUUGCUAAAGUGUGGACUUUUCUAACAAAAUGUUUUAGCCUGAUUCUCCACUAGCUUAUAUUGGUAGAUGAAUUAGAGAUAACAUAACUCCAUCAAUACUUUUGUCAUUGAUUUUAAGGGAUCUGUAAAGAUAAGGACUUAUUGAGAUAGUGGACCAUAUUGUAUACUUAUAUCUACAUACGAAAGGAUUUUGUCAUGUAAGGUUAUUCCCAUUAACAACCAUUGCUGUAUGAUUGUGGCCUCCUUAACCAGUCUAUUCUUAUUUUUUCAGAACCUAAUGUAUGCAUUUUUUUUUUCAUUUUUUUUUUUUAAAUACGUAGGCUCUCACUGAGACAUAAUACCUUCCUAUUGCAUCUGAUGUGCCAUUAGACAAAGGAGGAGGAUGUGAUACUGUAACUGUUUUAACUCUAACUUUAGGUAGAUUUGUUAAUAUAAUGCAGUCAUUUCCAAACUAAACUUUUGUAAUUUCAUGUAUUUUGAUUUCUUUUUGGUGUGUUUUAAAGAUGAGGCUAUUAUACUUUUCUCUCAUUGUUGUUGGUAGUAUCCAAGCUAUUUUAAAACUUGUAUUUAUGACCUCACAUUGGGGGUUCUCUAGUAAUUUAGUGUUACAUUCUUAUAAAGCCAUCAUUUAUAUGUGAUGACCUUGUCUGCUAUUCACUUUUACAAAUCUGACUGAAGAGCUAUUGAUGCAAAGCUCAAUCACUGAUUGCAUCUUUUUCUAUUUUAUUUAAUUUAACAUCCAUGUAGGUGUGAUCAUUUGCAAGCUUUUGUUUGUUUCCGUUGACCAAUAACUUUUAACAGUAAAGUUUAGAUUGGAAAUUUUCUCUAAGUUUAGUAGUCAAAAUGACUCUUUUAAAUUAGAAAUUUCAUUCCUUGAUCAAUUGAAGAUUGAUAAAAGUUUCUUAUCAAGUAAGAAUGUAAACUUUGUUUUCAGUUCACAUUUUAUUGCAGAUGUACAAUAUCAAUAUCAUUAAAGAAAAUUCAGGUGUUGAAGAGCACAUAAACAGGAA